AUGAUUUAAGAUUAAUAUUUGUAAUUAUUGAAGGACAAUUCCUUGUCCAAUUAAAUAAUUGAUGCAUACCUAAUCCAAAAACAAUAAACAAUUAAGUAAUCUUCUAUUAAUCAUAAGCAAUUUAAUUUCAUAUUUUGCAAACAUUAUUGUUUAUGGGCCAAUAGCCUUACUUAAUGCCGAAUAAAUUUGCUCCACCAAGUUAUCUUAGCAAUAUGUCACAGUCCUCAGAAAGAAUUACGAAACUUUAUUAUGUUUAAACGAGUAACACGAUGACAAGAAAUUAAUCUCUUAAACUCAAGAUUCCUUCAAAACUUACUUUUAAGAACAAAUACAUGACUACUAAUAUUUGAACUUUUUGAGUGAAUUGAAAGAUAAUCCAUAUAUUAAGAAUUUAACUCAAGAUCAAUGGUUGGAUUAGAUUUAAGAGUUCAUUGAAAUAUCUACCAUUCAAGAAGUAUUUUAAUUUAUAAGUAAUUCAAUUAGAUCAAUUAAACUUAAAUAUUGAAGGAAUAAUUUUAAAGCGGGUAUUAAACAAAAGAGAGGAAAAGGUUUUAAUAUUUAUAUUUUUUAGUAUUUUCAAUUAUGAUGGUGAUGAAGAGAGAACUCCAUAAUAAAGCGAAGAAGAUGAAUAAAAUAAGAAUAAGGUAUGUAUAAAUAAAGGCAAUUUUAGUAUUAAAAAAGCAAGAAAGAUAAGGAUAUAUAGAAUGAAGAAGGGGAUGAAGAAGGAUAUGAAGCAAGUAAUUCUGAUCAUAAAACUAAAUAAACUAAAAUGUCAAGGAGAAGGAGAAAGCAAGCUAACAAUUAAGAGUUUGAUACCGACAGAGAAAAUGUAAUAUUUAAUUAAUAAAUUAGAAAUAAAAGGUUUGAAUAUUUUUUAUGUAUUGUUUUGUAAUAAAUAAUCGUG